AGACGGACACAAGCCUCAGUGAUAUAGAGACAGAGGCGUUAGACAGAGUAAUCUAACGGACCGAGUAAGGUACCAAACUUGUUAGACAAGAAGCAGAAGCAAAUCAGAGUUGCAGCAAACAGGGACGUCUGCAGGUAACAAGAUAAAAAGUUUCUUUCUUUCUAGAAUUAUGGAAAUGGACCGUAAAAUCGCCGACUUCUCUGGAACGUGGAAAAUUAAGUCUUCCGAAAACUUUGAAGAACUCCUUAAAAUUUUGGGUGUGAACGUGUUUGUCAGAAAGAUAGCAGUAGCUGCAGCCUCCAGACCUGCGGUGGAGAUCACCCAGCAGGGUGAGAGUCUCUCCAUCCAGACGUCCACCAGUGUACGCACCACCCACAUCUCCUUCACCGUGGGCCAGUCCUUCAAUGAGACCACAGUGGACGGACGCCCCUGCACGAGUACUCCUCAUUGGGAGACAGAUAGCAAGAUCACCUGUGAGCAGACUUUGCAGAAAGGGGAGGGCCCUAAGACUGCCUGGACUCGGGAAGUGACCAAUGAUGGGGAACUGAUUUUGACUAUGAGCGCCGGGGAUGUUGUAUGCACCAGAGUGUAUCAACGAGAAUGAACGACUUUUAAGACUGUCAAACAUUCCCUUUUGUGCCUCUUCCUUCCACAUUUAUCAUUUCUAGCGGUUCUUUUUGCCUAUUUAAUCUUCAGUUAUACAGUGUCAAUUGUUAACAGUUUUUUCAGACAUAGUUUGGAUUUUGUGAAAGCCUUUUGUCACUUUCUCUGUUUAUGAAGUAUAUUCUUUCAUUAGCCUGUAAUAAUUUAGUAAAGCAAUCACCGUUCCACAAGAAAGCUGUUGUUGUCAGUGUACUACAUCAAAACCAUACCUGUAUUUUUCUUAAAAAUGUAAUUAUCAAAGCAAGUGUAAAUCAUUGUCAACUGUAUAUUAAAAAUAUC